AUGAAUAUCUACUGGUGCUUUGGUAAUAUUCCCGCUAAGGAGCCUAUACCCAAGCCUCAGUUGCUGCCACUGCCACCCGGAUACUAUAGAGGAGGAGGCAGCGGCAGUAGCGGUAGCAGUGGUGGCGGCGCCGGCGCCGGCGCCGGCGGCUCCGGUUAUCAUCCGGGCUAUGCUAGUGGGCCCGUUCAGCCCACAAGCUACGGGUCCAACCCCUUUACAUCGGACGCUAUAGCCGGCUUGGACCUGGCCUAUGCCCGAAAGGGUAUCGCUUAUAAUGCGGCCAAGCGUAGGAAAACUCCUGUUCCUCUCAACCGUACUAGCAGUAGCAAGCCAAGCACCAAGGCCGACCCCCCCGGGAGUCGUAAUGCCCGCCCUCCCAAUACCAAUCCUGCCUCCUCCCUAAGCGACUCGCUUAGGAGACUGUCCCUCAAGGACAAGGGUCACAAGGGUGCCGGUGCCCCCGUCCAAUAG